UCUCUCUCUCAUACUGGCUGACACACAGUUCGUUGGAUCAUUCACGAAUUGAAGUGAUGAAUCCGGUCGCUGUUCAUCGCGCUUCCUUAGACUGCGUUUCGCGUUUCUCUUUGAUCCGUCGAGAAUCAGGCGGCGGCGGAUUCUCCGGUGCUCGGAUUGUGAAAUCGCGUGGAAGGAAUCGGCGGCUGCAUGCGGUUACGGCGAGUUUGAUCACCAGCGCCGACUCGUUCGAGGUGGGGAGGCUUAUCGGAAGCUACGGAUUCAUGAAUGUAACUAGUUAUUCAGGGUUGCGGUCAGGAGAUGAAUUUGAAUCUACAUCCGAUGAUUUUGGGAGAUUAAAAUCUCAGGACAUUGGAGAAGGCGCUGUUAAGAUCAGACUAUACGAAGGAAGAAUAUCACAGGGUCCUUUUCGAGGAACACCUAUCACCUUUAAGGUCUAUCCCGGACAGCGUGCUGGUGGAAUUGAGGCUGACAUGAUGGCCGCUAACGAGUUGAAUGCACAUUCUUUUCUCCAGAGCAAUAAAAACCUACCAGCUAACCUACUUAUACUUGUUGGUGGCUUUGAGACACAGUUUGGGGAACAGUGGCUGGCUUUUCGUGACGGUGGUAAAGAUAGUGCAGCUGAUUACGCGCGAAUUGCGAGUGAAAAAACAUCAAGAGCUCGCUCCCAAGGAGCAUGGAAUCCUUAUGAAAAAGAGGUGACGAUGAAACGAAGGAGAAAUUUUGUCGUUACGAUCCUACAAGGUGCAAUGAAAGGUCUAGCUUUUAUGCAUGCCAAUGAUAGGUUACACCAAAGCCUCGGGCCCUCCUCGAUUGUUCUCAAGUAUGCCUCCCUUCGAGUAUCUGAAAGUGUUAGCACACAUCUCUCUCAAUAUAAACAGAGCUUACCUUACAGGCCAUCAUGCUUGGAAGAAGGAGCGACCUCUGGUGCACUAUCAGAGCAACUUUGGCGAAGGGCAACUGCUUCUGGCGCCUUCACAGUUUUUGAGAAGAGAGCUUUUGGGAUUGCAGAUGACAUAUAUGAAGCCGGUCUUCUCUUUGCAUACUUGGCCUUUGUUCCGUUCUGUGAAGCAGGCGUAAUGGAUUCUCUUUCUCUUCAGAGACUACUGGAAAACACAUUCCGGCUGGAUAUUGAUGCAGUAAGAGAGUACUGUUUAGCUGAUGAACGCCUGGAAGAAGCUGUUAAGUUUCUGGAUUUUGGUGAUAGAGCUGGUUGGGAAUUACUCCAGGCAAUGUUGAACGCUGACCACAGGAAACGGCCAAUGGCGGAAGCUGUUCUUAGUCACAGAUUCUUGAACGGCAUUGUUAAAUGAUAGGAGAGAGAUUUGUAUUUAAGUAGUUAUCAUACGAUUAUCAAUUAUUGGUUCAUUUUCUGCAAAUAUAUCUUCGGUUCUUUUAUAUCAUUGAUCAGUUUUUUA